AUGGGGCAGCUGUGCCGGGGCAGCGUCCGCGCCGCCGUCGCCUCGCGCCUCCGCAGCCUUUCCGGGUAUGCCAAAGGGACGAUUCGGGAGAUUGUCCUCCCCAAGGGCCUGGACCUGGACCGGCCCAAGCGCACGCGAACCUCCUUCACGGCUGAGCAGCUCUACCGGCUCGAGCUGGAGUUUCAGCGGUGUCAGUACGUCGUCGGCAGGGAGAGGACCGAGCUAGCGCGGCAGCUCAACCUCUCCGAAACGCAGGUCAAGGUGUGGUUCCAGAACCGGCGCACCAAGCAGAAGAAGGACCAGAGCAGGGACUCUGAGAAACGCUCCACCUCCACCUCCGAAUCCUUCGCCACCUGUAACAUCCUCCGGCUCCUGGAGCAAGGCAGACUUUUAUCCGUCCCGGCCCCUCCCAACCUCCUCUCUCCGAGUGCGAAUCCCGUCGGGAGUCCUGCCGGGAACGGAGCCGGCUUAGCCACAGCGGGCACCACCUCCCCGGGGCUGAGCAGCGGUAGCAGCCCCCCCCGGACGGGGGCCUUCACGUACCGGACGGUGUGCGGCGUCAACGGGCCCCUCGUGGUGCUGGACAACGUCAAG